CAGGUCUUUUUGUGUCUCCCCUUUUCAAUGGCGAGACUGUGGUCACUGAGCCUGUAUUUGGUGAGGGUCUGUCGCUGCUUCCUGUCUCUGACAGUUAAGAGUGUGCCGCUGCCGAGUCUGCAGGAUGACGGGCCUGUCGAAGCGUGUCUCUGCCUGGUCUGUCGAGGAAGUAUCUGACUGGGUGAAGGAACAGUACCCAACCCGAAUCAGCAGCCUCCACCCAGCCAUCCAGAACCACGCCAUAUCAGGCCGGGUGCUGUUGAGGAUGAAGGAGCACCAUUUGGAGCGUCUCGGGGUGGAGGACGAGGAGCAGCAGCGGGAGAUCCUGCAGGACCUCCUCCUUCUCAGGGUCCAGGAGGAGCUGGAGAACCUCAAUGACAUCUACUCAGAGUGUUUUUCUUCAUGAAAGAACAUGUAGUAGAUCCUCAGAUGGGAGUUCCCGCAUACUGCCUUCUCUUCAUCCAUCCAUGCGGAGAGAGGGAGGGAGAGAGAGGGAGGGAGAGGGAGAGAAGGUGUGCUGGAAACAAUAUGAGAAGUGGAAGAGAGUGCGGCUGGGCGAGAGAGGAGGAGGAAGAAACCCAUUUCCUAUGUAAAACCACCCACCUGUGCAGCCGGAGCGCGGGGUCCGUUCGGCCGGAUUACUGUGUAGCGUGGGACCUCAUGCACCCCCCCCUCCCUCUCUCUCUCUGCAUACAUCUAUUCUCUCUCUCUCCUCCUCCCCCCUCCCCCCUGCAUUUUUCUGCGCUCGAGUACACAGUCCACCAGUUAGUCCAGCGAGAGAGGACGUCGUUUCCCACACUGCAUUGCCCCGGACUGGUUGAUUCAUGGUCCCCGUUCAUGCAACGACAUGCCGACCGGCGAGGCCAGCUGACUGCUGGGGAGGACUCUCCAGAGGACAGCGACACCACACACAGGACAGUGACUGGAGAGAGAGAGAGAGAGAGAGAGAGAGAGAGAGAGAGAGAGAGAGAGAGAGAGAGAGAGAGAGAGAGAGAGAGAGAGAUGGUGAAGAAGAAGAAGAAGCUAGGGAGUUCAUGAGAGCGCCAUACCGAACAUGGAAACACGGCUACAGCCAGCCAGAGCUGGAAGGAGACUGAAGAUCCCUGCUUAAGUAAAAGUACUGCUCCUCUAGUGACAAGCCACGUGAGUACAAGUCAAAAGUACUGAUAAAGAAAAUGACUCGAGUAAGAAUAAACGAGGUUUUGAAGUGAAAAA